AUGUCCUCUGCUGAAGAGCAGUUCCACUGGCAGUCACAAGAUGGUCAAAAAGAUAUUGAAGAUGAACUUACAACAGGUCUUGAGUUGGUGGACUCCUGUAUUAGAUCCCUGCAGGAAUCGGGCAUACUUGACCCCCAGGAUUAUUCUGCAAGUGAAAGGCCCAGCUUGCUCUCCCAGAGUGCACUUCAGCUCAAUUCCAAACCUGAAGGGUCCUUCCAGUAUCCGGCCAGCUACCAUAGCAACCAGACCCUGGCCCUGGGUGAAACGGCCCCAGCACCGAUCCCCGCCCGCAGUGCACAGGGCCGAGCUGCAGCCCAGAGCUUCAGCCAGUCGCCCAGCCGCCUGGCCAAGUCCUACAGCACCAGCUCGCCCAUCAACAUCGUCGUGUCCUCGGCCGGCCUGUCCCCGAUCCGCGUGACUUCGCCCCCCACCGUGCAGUCCACCAUCUCGUCCUCGCCCAUCCACCAGCUGAGCUCCACCAUUGGCACGUACGCCACCCUGUCGCCCACCAAGCGCCUGGUCCACGCGUCCGAGCAGUACAGCAAGCACUCGCAGGAGCUGUAUGCCACGGCCACGCUCCAGAGGCCGGGCAGCCUAGCAGCUGGGUCCCGAGCCUCCUACAGCAGCCAGCACGGCCACCUGGGCCCGGAGCUGCGGGCCCUGCAGUCCCCAGAGCACCACAUAGACCCCAUAUAUGAAGACCGUGUCUACCAGAAACCCCCCAUGAGGAGUCUCAGCCAGAGCCAGGGGGACCCUCUGCCGCCAGCACACACGGGCACCUACCGCACGAGCACAGCCCCGUCUUCCCCAGGUGUCGACGCCGUCCCCUUGCAGCGCGCAGGCAGCCAGCACGGCCAGCAGAAUGCCGCAGCCACCUUCCAGAGAGCCAGCUACGCCGCCGGCCCGGCCUCCAACUACGCAGACCCCUACCGACAGCUGCAGUAUUGUCCCUCUGUUGAGUCUCCAUACAGCAAAUCCGGUCCUGCCCUCCCGCCCGAAGGCACCCUGGCCAGGUCCCCAUCCAUUGAUAGCAUCCAGAAAGAUCCCAGAGAAUUCGGAUGGAGAGACCCAGAACUGCCAGAAGUGAUCCAGAUGUUGCAGCAUCAGUUCCCGUCCGUCCAGUCAAAUGCCGCAGCCUAUUUACAGCACCUCUGUUUUGGAGACAAUAAAAUUAAAGCCGAGAUAAGGAGACAAGGAGGCAUACAGCUCCUGGUGGACCUGCUGGAUCAUCGGAUGACCGAAGUCCACCGUAGUGCCUGUGGAGCUCUGAGGAACUUGGUGUAUGGGAAGGCCAAUGAUGACAAUAAAAUUGCCCUGAAAAACUGCGGUGGCAUCCCGGCACUGGUGAGGCUGCUUCGCAAGACAACAGACCUGGAGAUCCGGGAGCUGGUCACAGUGUGGUUCACAGCAGAGAGUUUAAGGAAUGUGAGUUCGGCCGGAGAGGAGGCCCGCCGGAGGAUGCGGGAGUGUGAUGGGCUCACAGACGCGCUGUUGUACGUGAUUCAGUCUGCUCUGGGGAGCAGCGAGAUCGAUAGCAAGACCGUUGAAAACUGUGUGUGCAUCUUAAGGAACCUCUCCUACCGGCUCGCAGCAGAGACUACUCAGGGACAGCACAUGGGCACGGAUGAGCUGGAUGGGCUGCUCUGUGGCGAGGCCAAUGGCAAGGAUGCAGAAAGUUCCGGGUGCUGGGGGAAAAAGAAGAAGAAAAAGAAAUCCCAAGACCAGUGGGAUGGAGUAGGACCUCUUCCAGACUGUGCAGAACCACCAAAAGGGAUCCAGAUGCUGUGGCACCCAUCAAUAGUCAAACCCUACCUCACACUGCUCUCUGAGUGCUCAAAUCCAGACACGCUGGAAGGGGCAGCAGGCGCCCUGCAGAACUUGGCUGCAGGGAGCUGGAAGUGGUCAGUGUACAUCCGAGCUGCUGUCCGGAAAGAGAAAGGGCUGCCUAUCCUUGUGGAGCUGCUGCGAAUAGACAACGACCGAGUGGUGUGCGCUGUGGCCACGGCCCUGCGAAACAUGGCCUUGGACGUCAGAAACAAGGAGCUCAUCGGCAAGUACGCCAUGCGAGACCUUGUCCACAGGCUGCCAGGUGGGAACAACAGCAACAAUGCGGCAAGCAAGGCCAUGUCGGAUGACACAGUGACAGCUGUGUGCUGCACCCUGCAUGAGGUGAUCACUAAGAACAUGGAGAACGCCAAGGCCUUACGGGAUGCUGGUGGCAUUGAAAAGUUGGUUGGCAUCUCCAAAAGCAAAGGAGACAAACACUCUCCCAAAGUGGUCAAGGCUGCAUCUCAAGUCCUCAACAGCAUGUGGCAGUACCGAGACCUGAGGAGUCUCUACAAAAAGGAUGGAUGGUCACAAUAUCACUUUGUCGCUUCAUCUUCCACCAUCGAGCGGGAUCGGCAAAGGCCCUACUCCUCCUCCCGCACGCCCUCCAUCUCCCCGGUGCGCGUGUCUCCCAAUAACCGCUCAGCAAGUGCCCCAGCCUCACCUCGGGAAAUGAUCAGCCUCAAAGAACGGAAAACAGACUAUGAAUCCACUGGCAGCAAUGCCACUUACCAUGGAACUAAAGGAGAACACGCUUCCCGGAAAGACACCAUGACAGCUCAAAAUACUGGGAUUUCAACUUUGUAUAGGAACUCAUAUGGUGCGCCUGCUGAAGACAUCAAACAUAACCAGGUUUCUGCACAACCGGUCCCACAGGAGCCCAGCAGAAAAGAUUACGAGACCUACCAGCCCUUUCAGAAUUCCACGAGAAAUUAUGAUGAGUCCUUCUUUGAGGACCAGGUCCACCAUCGCCCUCCCGCCAGCGAGUACACCAUGCACCUGGGACUUAAAUCCACCGGAAACUACGUUGACUUCUACUCAGCUGCCCGUCCCUACAGUGAACUGAACUAUGAAACGAGCCACUACCCGGCCUCCCCCGACUCCUGGGUGUGAGCAAAGAGGGGCAAGUGGGAUGAGGCGUUCCGGGAGCCGUGCAUGUGCAUGCAUAUCACGAGACAUUUCUUUUUUCCCUGCAAAUUUAGUUUGUCAAAGCCUGUUCCAUAGGAAGGCUGUGAUAACCAGUAUGGCAAUCUUAUGAGCUAUUGUAGAGCGCGAAAUACAUUGAAAGUUAACUCGGGAGUCGAUAGAGAGCAAAAACAAUCCUAAAACAUGACCAUGUUCAGCAACGUUCUAGUUUGAGCUGUAGAAAAUAAAAAGUGCUUUAUAUUGGUUGUGGAGGAAGGAGGGAGAGAGGAGACAGUGGUGGUGGUGGGCCGUGAAGGUUAUCGUUAAGCACAAGACACAGAAUAGUUUACACACUUUAUGGGGGACGGCUUCUCACACUUUGUUCAAUCUCUUCAUCCGUUGUGACUCUAGGCUUCAAGUUGCAUUGAGGUUCCUCUGUACAGCAAGAUGUUUCCUGCCUUUUGUUAAUGCAUUGUUGUAAAGUAUUUGAUGUACAUUACAGAUUAAAAGAGAAAAGUGCAUUGUGUAUAUUACACCAAUGCAACUGUGUUUCCUCAUCUAUGGUUCUAAAUAUUGCUUCAAUUUCAAACUUUUGAAAGAUGUAUGGAUUUCCAGUUUUCCUUUUCUUUGCUUUUCUUUCUCCCAGUAUGUUUUAA